AUAAAAUGGAUAAAUUUGAUGAUAUUAUCACUGAUCUAACUGUUGAAGAUAAAAUGGAUAAAUUUGAUGAUAUUAUCACUGAACUAACUGUCGAAGAUAUAAGGUUUCCGACUUCUUUGGAGCUAGAUGGAUCUGAUGCUCUACACCCUAGCCCAGACUAUUCUGCUUGCUAUAUAAUUCUAACUACAGCUAGAGGGGAGAAGGGAUACGGUCUGACCUUUACUCUUGGACGAGGGAACGAGAUCGUAGCCCACUGUAUUGACUCACUUAGAUUUCUUUUCUUGGGGCAGAACCUGAAGGAGAUAUUUUCAAACAUGGGAUCCUGGCUCUAUAAAGUUAACAAUGAAGGACAGCUGAGAUGGCUCGGACCAGAGAAAGGUGUUAUAGGGUUAAGUAUGGGUGGUCUGGUGAAUGCCCUGUGGGAUCUGAGGGGGCGGAUAGAAAAGAAACCAGUUUGGAAGAUUCUGGUGGAUAUGGAACCAGAGGAAAUCAUCAAUCUUAUAGAUUUUACGUAUAUAGAAGAUUGUAUAACCAGAGAGGAGGCAAAAAGUUUGCUUCUAAAGUUCAAGCCUGAGCGUGAAGAGCGUGAGAAAAAAAUAUUAGAGGUUGGGGUUCACGCCUAUACAACAGCAGUUGGUUGGUUGGGAUACUCAGAUCAGAAGAUAAGGUUAGUAGUAUACUUUGAGUAUGUCUUUGAGACAUUCUUUACAAUUCUAUACAACAGCAGUUGGUUGGUUGGGAUACUCAGAUCAGAAGAUAAGGUUAGUAGAUUGAUUGAGAACAGAAGAUGUGAAGUACUCCGGGACUGUAUUGGACCAAACAAUUACAUGAUGGUGGAUGCAAACCAGAAAUGGGGAACUCAGGAGGCAAUCAGCUGGAUGGGUCAACUGGCAAGGUUUAACCCUAUCUGGAUUGAAGAACCUACAAGUGCAGAUGACAUUCAGGCUCAUGCUGACAUCUCAAAGGCCUUGAAACCGAUGAACAUAGGAGUGGCUACAGGGGAAGCUUGUCAGAACAGAGUCAUGUUUAAACAGUUCCUGAUGUCAGGAGGAAUGCAGUUUUGUCAGGUAGAUAGUGCCCGGAUGUCUGGCUUAAAUGAGGUUCUUGCUGUUUAUCUAAUGGCAACUAAACUAGGAAUCCCUGUUUGUCCGCAUGCAGGCGGAGUUGGACUUUGUGAAAUGGUUCAACACCUCCAAACAUUUUACUUGAUCAGUCUAAGUCCUGAGACUGAGGGUCGUAGCUUUUAA